UGUGGAUAUUGGGGAGGUUUGGAUAACAAAGUUUUUCCUCUGUAUUUUAAUUAAUUUCCAAUUUAACUAAUUAAAGUAUGACAAUGGAUAAUGAAACUGCCGAUAAAACAUCUCAAGCGAAGAAAAUUUGCCUGCACUUACAGAGCCAAGACAGGAGAUUAAAAAAACAAACUUACAUAGACUUACAAGAUUUUUUAUCCAACGAAGAGCUUACUGAUCAAGAAUUGAGAAAUAUCUACACAGAAACUUACAUGUACUUCCUCAACGGCCUCAGAGACGAAUCCGAAGCUGUAAGAGAACAAGCCAUCAAAUUUGUAAACUUCCUUAUCACCCAAAGGCUUCCUUUAAAUGAUUUUUACCUCACAUACAUAUUUCCUGUAUUAUUGGAAAGAAUAGGCUCAGUUGAGCUGAUAGAAACCUCUGAAGAAGUCAGACUACAAAUGGUGCAACUUCUCAGAGCAAUAAUUAUAAAAUACUCAAACACAAUACAAUUAAAACCAUUUUUAAAUGAUUCAACAAUAGUUCUAUGUGAAACAGUUAAAGACAAAUAUCCAGCUAUAAAAGAGCUGAGUUGUCAAACUAUAAUAUCACUAGCAAAAGCCUUACCAAAGGAUUUCCAUUUGCAAUCUGAAACCCUAUUGAAACCAGUACUCAGCUGCUUUACUCAUCAGAGAUACAAAAUUAGAGUCGAAGCUAUUAAAGCUGUUGGAGAAAUUAUAAUGCAUAGCACAUAUAAAGGAGUUGACGAGGCUGUAGUACCAAUGGCAGAAAAACUUUUCGACCAAAUCCCCACUGUAAGACAAGCAGUGGCUCAAGAAGCAUCUCGUUGGCUAUUGGAGCACCGCGACAGAUAUUCAUACUUCCACAAAAUGCUUCCGUUAAUUUUAACCGGCCUAAAUGAUGAAGUAGAAAACACAAGACAAGAAGCUCAUUAUUUAUGGGAAAAAAUCGGCCUGCAAUAUCAAAAAGAAAACGAAAAAGACUUAAAAGACAAACUAGACUAUCUUUUAGAAUUGCCAAAAAAUUACCCAUCUCACAUGCAGAGGCCCAAUUUAGGCUGUAGAGUUUUGGUUCAAAGAAACAUAAGCAAACUGGCAGGGGCCUUAUCGAAUGAGUUGACCAAUUGGCAAGAGGACGUGCGUGUACGUUGCAGCCAGUUGCUUUGCUCUGUAGCCUUGCACGCAGAAGAAGAUUUGACUUUUAAUUUGCAAAACUUACUUCCUGCUAUGUAUUCUGCUGCUAGGGAUGACGAUAAAAGAGUUGUGGCUAAUAUUAUACAAGCCAGUGAAAUUAUUGGGUUAUUUGUAAGUUUUACAACUUGGUCCAAAUUAGUGAUUCCUGUCAUAGAAGAUGGACUCCAUUACGGCCAUCUCACCGUAUUGGCUGGUUUGAUUGAAGGCGCCCCAAAAGAACACAUUUCAGAGGCAAUCGAACAGCUUAGCAAUUUGUUGGCUGUAGAUUAUAUUUGCAACAGUAGAAAGAAAAAAUAUCAGCUAGAACUACUCAAAUGCAUCAGAGUUUUUAUGAAAAAAUUCACCAAAGACACAAACACUGGAUAUAAUAUUUUCAAAAUAAUAACUUCCCUAAUAUCAUUAAAAGAUCCUGAAAAUGUUGAUGUCCUGACACCCAAUUUAUAUGAAGAACUUGCCCAAUCACUUCAACUGCCCACCAAAACAGAUGUCCUCAUCAAAUACUCCAAUAAACUAUUCAAUCACAUAAAUCAAGAGCCAAAAUUAUGGACACCUGUUACUGAACAGGCCUGUAUCUUUUUAACAUUACUCGCUGAAUGUGACGAAGCCUUUGGCAUUAAUUUGGAUACAAUUGCGGAUAUUUUAAGUCAAGUCCUAGAUGGUGAAACUGAAGCAGAAAUGCGGCUGAAAACUUUUUUUGUUUUAGCCAAAGUAUUCGAAAACAAAGAUGUUAUUUUCAAGCAGGCUACAGAUUUGAAUGAUUUUUUGGAAAAAUUAAUUACAAAUAUUUUUGUGCCUUCGUUAGUUUGGCACGCUGGAGCUACAGCAGAAGCUAUUAGGACUAUGUCAGCUUGCUGUUUGAAAUAUGCCCUUUUGCCAAAUGGAGAGGUAGAUUUAUUUGCAAGUGGUCACGUUUUGGAGGAGCUAAUGCGAAAAAUGCUUCCUCUAUUGUUGAGCUUGAUGGAGGAUGCUUCAUCUAGAAGCAGAGAAGUUGCUAUUGAAUGUGUUUCGUUAUUGAAAACGCAUUGCGUGCAAAAAGGAGUCUGGUGGAACGAUGAUUUAUUGAAAAUUUAUCCAGAUGUUUUGAGAAGGUGCGACGAUCCAGCUGAAAAAGUGCGCUUGUGCGCUUUGAAGAAUUUGCAAGUGAUUUUCGAGAAUGUUCCAGACGAAUUUCUUCAGCCCAAUUUCAAGGCUCAUAGAGAAUUGAUUAUUGAUACUUUGAUGGUGCAUUUUGAUGAUGAUAAUGAAACUGUUCAAAUACUUGUUCUAGGCAUUUUGAAGGUAGUGGCCAGAAUGAACCCUUCGGAAAUGCAAGGAAAAAUCGAAAUACAUCGUUCUUUAGUCGCCAACAAGAAAGGUUGUGAGGAAAUUGUUAAUUUUAUUCAGAAUGAUUUGAUUUAAUUAAAUGUAUGUGUCUUUGUGUUUAGUGCACUUGUACAUUUUUAUUUUUUUCCUGUGUGCAAUUAAAUUAAAUGAAAUAUGUGUUUUUAA